UAUACCGAAUAACUUGGGCUAGAAUGGAAUGUCGUUUUUUGGAUACGCCGCCGCGACGAGAGGUGAAAUCGAACGGGAUUCACCAACAUUACGAAGGGUAUUUGGUUUGAACGUGGACGAAGGAAGGCAACGGAGGGAAAAGGAGUAAGGAUGGAUUGGAGGAUGAUGUAGAGGCGCGCGAGUGUAUUCUUGCUUGGCAGCGUGUUUCGUCGGUGGCUGAGAUCGUUAUACGAUGUAGUAGUUCACGCUAGAACCCGCGUAUUGUCGGCUGUUCAAAGUGGUGCCCGCGUUACGUUUAUUUUCUAUAUUCUGUGAAUACACACAAAACACACACGGCGGUCAAAGAUCUGGUGACAGUAAAAAUGAGAAAAGUAGAAAUCAAAUUCGUAUAUUUUGAUCGUCCGCCGAUUAUGAAACAUUUCAAAGAUGAGUUAUUAUUCGCCUCGUAUACCGAUCAUUUGUUCGACACGAUUACGUCGUUUUCGGUGAAAUAAUUUCGGCGGUCGAGUGUCGCGAUUUUGUGCGCCGAGUGUUGGUGUUUUUCUUUCUAUUUAGCCUUUCAUUAUUGUGAAAAUAUUAUCAAUUUUACCCGCUUAUCGAUGUGUCAGCUGUGAAAUGGAGCUUUCGAUGCUCUGGUGUUGUUUAUUUCUGAUAUUUGGGAUCCAUAUUCGAGGUUUCCAAUGCGUAAUAGACGUACAUUUUGAGAACAAAGAAGGCGGAUUUUUCUUGAAACACAGCGGCUCUUUUCGGCAACAACAACAACAGCAGCAGCUGCCGUUAAGCGAGUUAGAAGGUAUCAGCACGCCGUCAGGAGACAGCUCGGUACUUAGUAUCGAUAGAUUCACCGUGUUUCAAAAUUCACAUCCGAUCUCCGUGAGAGCUGUUUAUGGACCUUUUUCAACAAAGCAAACCGUACCGGCCAGGUACAUCGUACCUGAUCCGCCGCCACCUCCUCCGCCGUCGUCUUUUCUUACGGUAGUCACCGCAGCGAAUUCGUCGUCGAAUGGAAACGACGCUAAACCGCCGGAAUCUUCGCUGCCUUACGGGCAUCAUUUGGAAGUCAGCGCUCAUCUCGUUAAUCACGAGAUCGCCCGCGAUUCGCCGGUGCUUCGGGUUCUCUUCCAUAUGGCCGGCAUAGAUCGAUCGGUGAGAAAAUAUGGUAAACAACAUUCGGUCUGCGUUAUGCUCCAUGUAAGCUUUCCCGAUCAAUCGCCGUUGACGACGUCGUGCAGUCCUUCUCUGGAUGAUGGACAGUGCCUGGCCGAAGUAACGAUACCUACUCGAUGGUGGCCUCCGUUACCAAAUUUGGAUCAAAUGAAACCUUCGAAAUCGCCUCGUCGAGUUGCCCAAGUAUCGUACUACGUUCUCGAACCUAAAUCAGAUCACGUGUCAGAAGAUUCCGGCGAUUCGUCGUCAUCAUCGCGAUCCAGCUCAUCGUUGGAAAACUGUUCUCCUCAUUUGCAAAUCCAACCGUUGACCAAAAUCGCCGUUGUGCCGUUGGUUAACGCAAAGUCCGGAUAUAGAGAAAUGAAAACGGAUAAUUUGUUGUUCACUUUAGUACCGGUGGCGGCGGUUUAUCCGCAAUCGAAAAUUUUUGUUCCUGUUUAUAUCAGAUCUCAGCUUAAAGACGACGUCGUCGGGUUUAUUAUCAAAGCCCGAGCGAAAAGUGGUCUGAAAAUUGUGGACGCUCAUUGUCGUAUACCUGAAUACUGGAAUUUAAGCUUUACCGCCAAUUCGAAAAACACCGCCGCCACUGUUACAGUAGAACUGAAAGACAUUCCACUCUCCUUUUAUAAUAAUUCCGCUAAUUAUCCUGUAUUAGAGGAGAAUACGCGAAACGAAGACCGAUUGGAAGAAGUGUUUUCGUGGCUUCUGGAAGUCGAACAGGAAGCACAAGGCGAAGCUUGGAACGACGAAGCGCAUAUUGUAUGGAUUGUUCAUUAUAAAACUGCAUCCAGCCUUACGUCUUCGUAUCUAUCGAGUAUGGCCAAAAGCAAAUCCGCAUCCGCGUAUCCGAUUUCUGAUACCGAAUCUGCAUCUACGGCCGGCGCUGGCGCUGGAGCUGGAGCUGGAGCUGUCAGCAACGUCGUCGUACCCAAGAAAUAUAUUACAAAGUCUCAAAAACGUACGGAAAAAAUCAAGCAUAAGAUAACGGCUCGAUUUGAAAUACAUAAAGAUAUCACGCAAGCUGUACUGCCCGUUUCUAAAACAUGGGAAUUGAUAAAUACAGCGUUAUUGACCGGUAAACAAGUUUCUCAACCGAUGAAAAUAUUUGUGGUUAGUCAGUCUGGUAAAAUCGCCGAUGUCACUCGUCAGUCUACUUGUCACACCGAAGACGAUAGCGUUUUAAAGGUAACGUCUUCUUGUAGCUCGGUCUACGUAGAUGGAUCGGAAAUGCGCGGAUCUUCGAAUGCUACAAUUCUAGUCAAAUACGAAACGUUCACCGGUACCGCUAGUUUUCUCGUAUGGAUGCCUGAAAUAUCAGAACUCGAUAUCGCCGUCUCGGAUGUCAAACUGAGUCAAAUAUACGACUGGAUUGUACCGGAUAAUGUCCAAAGAUUUGGAAAAGUAAAAAGAUCUUUGAAAAAUACCUACGAUAAAUCGCCCGAAGAUGCGGAACAGAAAUGGCAAAAUAAGAAAUAUAACGGAAAUAUGAACUCGGUUUCAUCCGAAUACUCUUCGGAUACGAGUAAACACGGUUCUUCGUGUAAAUUGAAAUAUCAACAAGCUUCGAUCGAUGUGUAUUGUCGUUUCAAAGCUGUCGAUCACGAGACUGGAAGGAUGAGUUAUUUGAUCAAUCGGAAAACGUGGCUGAAAAUCACUGAUUUAGUCAUGCGUGGAUUAAGGAUCGCUGAUCCUCAAGUGGCCACUUUGCAAGGUCGAGUUGUCACCGGUCGUAAUGUUGGUCGAACCGAAGUACAGGUUGUUUCUCCUCUCACUGGACGUGUAUUAGGCGCGAAAGAAUUACGAGUAGUCAACGAUAAAGUUUCCAUAACGAAACUAUUAGUCAACGUUGUGUCAGGACUUCAAUUGAAUAUCGUUCCAGACAGCUCCGGCGAAAAUAUUUACAUUGCUGAAACUUCAAUAACGCGAAAAUUAUCCGCACAAUAUCAGGAGGGUUUAUUAGACAUCGAAGUGGAAUUUUCAGACGGCAGCGUGACGGCAAUCUCAGACGUUAGUGCGUCGGAUUAUUCAAUUUCAGUCGACUCGUUGAACCCUGAAGUGGUAGCAUUUGCGCCGAUGCUGACAUCUUUACAUCCGCGAGUAAUCGCCGUCGGCGAAGGCAAAGGGAACCUACUCAGGGUAUCGUUGGUUUUACCGGAUACCUGUCGUUUGGAAGCUCGUCUAAAAGAUUUCGUCUUGGUUACCGCCAGCGCUUUUAUCGAAGUCGACUUCUUCGACAACGAUUAUUCGCAGAAAUCACCGAUGUUUGUUCAAAACGACGGCGGCGGCGGUGCCGGAGCGUCAAAUGUGAAUAAUUUUUUCAUGAAUAAUAACAAAGAUAAGAAGAGGAAUGAUCUAGACCCGUCUUCCGAUUUACAGGACAUAAUUAGCGGAUUUUCACCUUCGAACGAUAUGAUCAAAGAGCCAGCCGUGCAAGCCAGGCAGCAUCAAAGCAAUAAAAACAAUUUAUAUCCUUCGGUCAGGCGUCACUCGCCGUCCCAUAUCGCGCCCAUGGAAAUGGGCAUGUAUAUAAUUCUAGCCACGUUUAGUUUCGCGAUUAUAGUGUUCGUAGUCUCGUGUAUCGUCUACGCUUCCAAGUAUAAACCUCAAAACGGCGAUUUCCAAGAUGAUCACAAUUCGUCGGAAGCUCCGUUCUUGUCGAACGGAUACAAACCUUUGAAUCAAGGAGCCAGUCAGUCGGCGGUCAAGUCGCAUUUAUCUCAGCUACGUGAACCGACCACUACUAACGUGCAUGAUUGGGUUUGGUUGGGCAGAGCUACUCUGGAACGAGCGUCAGGAUUACUGGUACCGUCCAUAUCGGUUAACGAUAAACUACGUAGAAAUAAAAACGAAAAUUGGAUUCGGAUCACGUCUAAUCCGACCUAUACGCCGGAGCCGAAUCCGGAUGCGGAUUUGAAUUCCGAUACUCAUGUAGCGAAUCAUCACGCUCCUGCUGAAUCACGACGUAUCGACUCGACUACCUACAAUAAGAAAUCUAAACCGAUUAAAGAAUCGCAAAAUCUCGUCAACGGAAAUCAAAGAUGUUUCCAUUUACCAUCAAUUCCUUGUCGUCCAGAUAGGAGGAAUAUCACCGAAGACUACAAACCACCUGUACCACCUCACCGCAACAUCGAACUAGCCGCAUCAAAACCCAUUGUAGCCGCCACCUCCAACGGCUGUAACAUCGUCGCCGCCAAUUCAAACGCAGUCGUAAACGUCGUCUCAGAAAACAGCCCUAGUAAUUUACCGCAUCGUCAUAAACAUCAUCAUCAUCACCACCAUCACCAUCAUCAUCACCAUCGGAACAAAUUGCAAUCCGAGGUGCCAUCGAACGCGUCUCCGUCAAACGUUUACGCCGUCGUCAAAAAAGAACACGCUAACGUCGCUAAAAACAAAGAACCAGACAAACAAGAAGUAUUAGACGAAGAUAGUCGUCUAAAGUUUGUCAAUUCGUCCGAAAAUUUAUCCGAAAUUAAGAAAGCCAAUAUCGUAGGUAAUCCUAUGUUUUCGCUGCAGAAUAAGGAAGAUGAAGAGGAUGACGGUUGUUUAGGUAUCGAAGACUUGAAUUUAGGUAUGGAUUAUCGUCAAAUAAUGGAAUACUUCGACAAUCUAAAAGAGUCCACCGCUUAAUUAUUACUCUCGUAUGUCGUCGCAUUUCAACAUUUUUCUCGAGUGGUUUGAAUCAUGGGGUGGAAUUAGAUGUUGUGGCAAGUUGGUUGUGAAUGUUCCCACAUAUCUUUUUUCAUAUUACGGAUAGUUGUUUAUCAUUUUUUUUUCUUUUUUUAACAAAAAAAAAAUAUACUCUCGCGUGCGUAGUACCAACGGCGUUGCUUCGUACGAUCAACACUUUAAUACAGAUUUUCAAUUAUUUUAUAUCUUUUCUUUUUGUAUAUACAUGUUUGAAACAUACUAAAUCAUUCAUAUAGCCUGUCGCUAUUUUCAUAUAUACAUACCAAUAUGAUAAAGUUACCGUGUAAACAUAUUUAAUUAAUCACGUACACUGUUUAAAAAUAUAGCAUCUCAUUCUUCUUCCAGGUAUACAUAAAACUAUAUAGUAGUAUUACGUAUACUGUCUUUUUAAAUUUAAGUCGAUACCGAUAUUGCAUCGUUGAAUUGAAAAUAUGAUCAAAGUUUAAAGCCCUUUUACGCCGAAUACCUACCUAAUUCAUUUUAAUCCGCUGUCAUAUAACGUCAAAAAAUAUCUUCAUGUGCCAUAUUAUUUUUAAAAAUAUACCUACGUAUGAUAAUUUUUAACUCGCUGAUCAGUUUCUACAUAUAUAAAGGUUUUAACAUUCCUGAAAAUAAUGUUCAUACUCAUACUAAUUCGCCUUUUAAGUAUUCUCAUCUUCCAUCGCAACUUUCACCUUUCGUUACGUUUAUAAAACGAUUUUAUUAUUUGCAUUUUGUGCCGAAUGUUCCUAUUCUUGUUUUAUUUUAACUGUUAAUUACAUUUUAAUUAAGAUACCUAUAUCGUAUAUUUAUGUAUUUUAUUAUUAUUUUUAAGCCUUCUUUUUCUCUUUCUCUCCCUUUUUUUUCUUUUUCUUCUUUUUUUUUUUACAAGGUUUAGUGUUGUCGUAGCGUUUUAUUCAAAGUCAAAUCUAACGUUAUCAUGAUUUUUUAAUGUACAGUUUUUGUUCGACUUGUACGAAGUAUUGCAGUAUUUGCGUGAAUUUUUACCAAAACCAAAUUGUAUGUAAUUGCGCUGCUAAAAAUGACAGUUACCGCGUGAAAAAAUUUUCACGACAGUCAAGUUGUAUUAUUUGAUAGAUUCUUAAGGUGCUCUUCGGUUGGAAAAUUGCCACACAAUAAAAUUAUCGCAAUAAGGAUAUUGAAAUUUAUAAUUUUAUCUUAUUACCUAUUUUAAGUAGUUCGAAUGAAUGCAUAUUUUGUAUUGUGUAUUUACAACUUGAUUAGCGUGAAGAUUUCAUCUUGGAUACUUCGAUGAGGAUCUUGGUAAUAUUCGUAUAAUAAUUUCUUUUCCUGGUUCUACAAGGUUUUCAUUUCUAUAAUUCUUUACGAAAGUUAUUAUCGUGUGUCCGAUUUUACUAUGAAAAUUAUAACAAUGUCAAUUGUAUGUUGUGCAUAAAUAAUAUCAAUUCGAGUAGGUAGAUGAUUUGUAGGCGAUGCUUUCUAUCGUAGAUUUUCUUUACGUAUAGGUUUUUUUUGGGUUUUAUUUAGAAUUUGUGAUAUUGGUAAAGAAAUGUAUUGUAAUUUUUAAUGCGAAAAAAUAAGCGAUAUUCGUUUUAAUACGUUAGAAGAUAUUGUAUAAAGUUUAAUAUUCCGCGUGUACGCUUAUGGAGAAACUAAGUACAUAAAAUUUGUAUUCGUGUGGAUGGCUCAAGUCGAAGAAUCAGUAAGUUAUACUAAAGAAAAUUUUAGGUAGAUUUUUGUCAUCAUUUUAUACACACAAAGCUUGUUUUAAUAUAGGAACCAAAUAAAAUUAUCUAGUCAUACUGUUAUCGCAUUUGUUGUAAUUUAUGAAUUUAUGUAAUAUCAUUUAAAUAUACAAAUUGAAUGGUUGA